AUGUCGCAAUCGGUCGCCGUACCUUUGAACGUGACGUUGAGGAAGGGGCCGAAUACUUUCUCUCGACGAUCGGCGCGAAUCAGCGGCAGCCAGGUCUACGGUUUGCCUGGAGGAACACUCGGCCACGAGUUUUUACCAAAGGAACAGCUAGUCCGCCGUCACGUUUUUCACCGACAGCGUCCAGAAAUGCAAAUAACACGCGCGUUUUCCAUCCUGGGAUGUUGCGUCCUUGUGAUGACAUUGGCGAAUGCGGCACCGGCUCCACAGGAACCCACCUUCAAUCUUCCGGUACAGCUGAUCGGCUUCCCCGUGAUCACUAUCGCUGUCAGGCUCACUAAUUUUGUGAAGAAACUCGCAUACUCGUUGAAUCCAGAGACUUACGUCAGCCGAGCGAAACGAGAUCUGCCUCUGGUGCACGACGAAGAGAUCCUAGACGUUGGCCAAGUGGAGAAGAAACUGAUAUCGGAGCUGGGCAGUAACGUUUGCAUUUACGAGAGGGUCUGCGCCAAGUAUGCGGCCCAAACGCUUCAGAAACGAAGUCGCGAACGAGCUUUGGACUGGGACAUCGUUUUCAGCGAGUACAAAUCAUCGCCGAACCCGAUGAAGGAGAAUUAUUUAUUGAGCGUGUUCCUGGGCGACAUCAUAGGAAGCCCGCGACUCUGUCAUCAGCUGGCAAAACGAGGGAGAGGCUGCGACGAGGCCACGCUCUCGGAUUAACUGUAAACCGUAACCAUUUACGAGGCCCUGUACAGAUUGUAAAUAUCGUCGAGAGUGUGUUCGCCGGUUUCCAUCCACGAGAGGAUCGUUCAUCUUUGCUACACAGCAGUCCUGCGUUCCGUGAAAUGCGAGCAUGAGGUCUUGCAAAGGAAACUGACGACUUUUGGAUACGUACGUGAAUUAAAUGUUACCGCUUCGUUACCUCGAGUUUCUUUCAACAUACGGUUAAUUGUUGUACUUCAUUCUCACCAAAUAUAAUAAACAGAGUUUAUAUAUAAUAUUCGGCCGAUUAACGUUUUCUUCUUUCUCUCUUUGGAUUACUUUCUUUGUGGAGAAUAUUUUUGAACGGAGGGAAUAAUUGCUUGCAGUGAACUUUGUUGCAAGAUGUAAAUUAGAAUCUGUGGUCAAUUUUCCAAUUAAUUUGAAAUUUCUGUUAUAGAUAGAUUUUUAGCGAUGAGUAUGUUUUCUUGCAACACGCAACGAUUCUGAAGAUUAAUUGCACAUAUCUGUGUCCUAAAUAAUAUACGCGAAAUAAUUAUGCGAAUAAAUUACACGAGGAUCUGAACGCUGGAAUUGCCGGAGACAUGAAAAAUUUUAUUACCUUCCCAAGGUGCGCCUUUUGAUUUAUUUACUAUAAAUUUCUUAUUGCAGUAUCGGUAUUCCCAGCGUUGAACAUUCAUGCACAAUACAGAAUGACGAUUUUCGAAGUUUAAUUUCAAGGGAACGUUAGAAA